GGGAAAAUGUGGUUGGCCAGUGGUUGCAAUGGGUAUUAGUGUUACUUGGAUUCAAAGUGGAUUACGUUACUAAGGAUAUGCUUUUAAGUAUAUAACUCUUUGCAUAACCUAGAUGUUUACUGUGUCAUAGUGGUUCUCAGAUUACAGAUUUCUAAACCAUACAACACACAAAGGCUUGAGAAAUGCAGUCGUGUUCCACACCAGAUCGUCAUGGCUACAGCGUGCGCUUCUCACCAUUCCAACCAAAUCAUUUACUAUUGGCGACUAGUCAACUGUAUGGUUUGGCUGGUGGUGGCACGUUGUUUCUGCUGGAGCUACCUACAGCGGGUGGCAAGGGCUUGACGGAACUGGGACGCAUGGAGUGGACUGAUGGACUUUUCGAUGUGGCUUGGUGUCCAUAUGCAGAUAAUAUAGCGGCAACGGCUUCUGGCGAUGGCUCUUUGCAAAUCUGGGGUGGACUUGAUGAUGAUAUAGUGGCAACAGACACAACAUUGAAGUCACUCAAGCAGCCGCUGAUUUGCUUGCAAGAGCAUAAAAAUGAGGUUUACAGCAUUAACUGGGGUGAACAGUGGAAUUGUCAUCAACUUCUGUCGGCCAGUUGGGAUGGCACCAUCAAGCUGUGGGAUUGCCAUCGCCAGAAUUCGAUCGCCACCUGUACGGGACACAGUGACCUCAUCUAUUGUGCCAAGUUCUCACCGCUAAUUGCCAAUCUCUUCGCUAGCGUAAGUACAGAUGGUAACUUAAACUUAUGGAAUUCUGCUCUUGAAUUUUCAGGUAAACCCUUGAUGAGCAUCGAGGCAGCGCACAACGGUGAAGUACUCGCCUGUGACUGGAGCCAAUUCGAUCGGAAUAUAUUGAUGACUGGCGGUUCGGAUGGUUUGGUGCGUGCUUGGGAUCUGCGCAACAUGCGACAUCACAUCUUUCAACUUUAUUCAGGGGAGUUUGCUGUACGAAGACUGGCCUGUUCACCGACCUCCGCGUCGGUGGUAGCAACGGCAAAUUACGAUUUCACAACAAGAAUUUGGGAUUUCAAUCAAUCUUUGGACGCUAUGGAGGUCAAUGUAAACCACUCGGAAUUCGUUUGCGGUUUGGAUUGGAAUGCUGGCGUACCACAUCAGCUUGCGGACUGUGGCUGGGAUUCCGUCAUCAACGUGUACACACCGAAAACUUUAAAGGAUUUGUUGGACUAGUUAUUAGGGGAAUAUGGGACAUAAUAUUGCAUUCUUAUUCCAAAUAGGAUAGGAUGACAAUAAUGUCGAAUUAAUGUAAUACGCUUUGUAAAUGCGCUGUGAACUAAUUAUUAGUUAUAUAUUGUAUAGGAGUUAAGGAGCUAAGCAGGUUAGAUAGAGGAAGCUGAACAAAAGGCAUGACCUACUAACAUAUAAAACAGAACGGAAAAUGUAUGAAAGUGGUCCACGAGGAAAAUGUAGCAGAGCUAUCCUAAAUUUUCGCCAACUAAGUGUCUUGAAUGUGAUAAUAGAAAUUUACAAUAGGUACCUUGGACAAUUUUUGAAAAACGAAGAAAAUUAUAUAGUUUUAAUGUAUAAAUUUUGAAGAAAUGAGGAGAGAGCUUGUAUAAUGAAGAGUUUGCAUGAGCGUGGUAUUUGAGGUGCUGGUUUUUGAAUUUCGCCUAAAACAAACUGUCUUCGAUUCGCUCAACUCAAUCACGAACCGAACAAACAACUGGUAUAAAUCAAACAAAUUGGUCUAUUCAAAUAAAGAUGAGAGAGUAAGUGUUUGACAAGAGAGCAAAGCUCCAAUAUAAUAAGUGCUGUAGUGGCUAAUUGAAACGGUAAUUUGUAGGCUAUUGUUUUUAGCGAAAUUCUGUUCGUAUAAAACCGGUAUUUUAAAUACUGGGUCUCAUGUAUCACCUCAUAUCUAUACAUUUCUUGAUAAAAAAUUAUAUGUAUGCUUACAUAUACAUUUAUACUUUUGUAAAACAUAAAAUAUAUGUACAUAUAUGCCUAUAAAAUGUUAUUGAAUACAUAA